CUUGCACUUCUGCCAUUUAUCUAUCGCGUAUCUCUAUUGACAUCCUGGCCACCAUGUUCCGCAUAUAAGUCGCCCCGCGCAUUUCUUUCUCCACUUCAUUAUGGGCAAGAGACAGAAGCAACGCAAGAAAGCGGAGGCGACUCAACCUGUUCCCUCUCCACCAUGGCAGCCGUCGACGGCGGAUGUCAUUGACGCGAGCGUCCUCGAGUCUGUCCUCCAUGCCGACUUUCCUCUUCUCGACAGCGCGCUGGUCAACGCCAUGGUGCAGGACUACGCGCGUGACGGCACACUCGGUGCGAACGAGAGUGUGCUGCGCGAGCAGCUCGCUGCGCUCGAAGCGCAGAUGGUAGCUGACGCCGCGGACGAGGGGACAUUGGAGUCCGCGAAGGAGGUCACGGACGAACCGGAUAGCCUGCCCAUAGAUGGGCUUUCGCUCCACUCAUCGCGAUCCGGCGCGCACCUUCCACCCUCUUCGUUCCCCUCGCUCCCCUCCCGCCCCUCCUCCUCUGCUUCUGCGUCCCGUUCCACUGCAAAAACGGAGUCGGACGAUCUCGCGUCGGAGAGAGAGUUCCUCGCGGCCCUCUUCCCCCACCUGUCAAGUCAGGACAUCAACGCUGCGCUGGCCACCGAGCACUCGCUCGACGAUGCGGUAGACCACCUCCUCAGCAUCGAGGCGAUACGGGAGUCGCAGCGGAACGGAACGUGGGGCGACGACGACGAAUCCGUGGAGAGAGAUGGGUGGGAGGUCGUCCCGUCGCGCCGUAGUAGCGUGUCCAGUACGGAGCCAUCCGCGCGCGCCCCUGCUGGCGCCGCUGGCGCCGCGGUCCCGAUCACGAGGGGAAAAAAGAAAGGAAAGAAGACCAUCCCCAUAGUCGACACGCUGCAGCGACGCCCGCAGCUGUCGCCCAUCGCGCGCCCACCCCCCGGCAACGUAUGGGAUGCGCUAUCGCGCCUCGCGUCCUACCUAGCGGAAGUUGCGCCGCGCGCCCACGCCCCCUGGUUCCAGACAUACCUCCAUUCGCCCGAGUAUGCAUGCACGCACGACGCCGUGCGCGCAGCGCUGCAGCAGCUGGCGUUGAGCGGCGACGCGCCGCCGCCCGAGGUGGUCGACAUCCUCGCGCCCAUCUUCGGUGCGGACGACGCGCUGAUGCACUGCAUCGCGGCCGCGGACGGGGACAUGUCCAACGCCAUCGACCUCAUCGACCUCCUCGACGGCCUGCGUACAUGGGACGACUAUGAGGCUGCGCGCGGCGCGCGCGACCCGUACGACGUGCUGCGCGGCCUCGAGCGGAGGAGUGCGCGCGCGAGCGCCAAUCCGAGUGUGGGCGCCAACGCCAGUGCAAGCGCAAGCGCUAGCCCGAGCCCCAGCGUCGUGCCCUCUCCCGCGUCAUCCCGCCCCGCCACACCCGCCGCGAUUCCGGCAUCCACACCCGCCACAGUUCCGGCAUCCACACGGGCCCUCAACCCGAACCGCCUCACGCGGCCCGCGCCCAAAGAGACGGCGCCGCUACCCGCCCGCGCUGUGCCAGGCUCAGUGGCGGCCGCAACGGGCUACCGGCCGACACACGAACUGCUGCAGCCCUCGAACUCGACGUGGUCUGCCGCACACGUCGCGCCGGCGCAGGCGCGGCGCGCGGGCUCGCCCGCACCCAAGUGGUCCGCGAAGGGCAAGAAGCGCGCCGCGGCCAACAUCAUGCCCGGCAACAUCGGGCUCGGGUUGGUGAUGCGUCCUGUGGACGCGCCGAAAGCGAGUGGCGGGAGCUCGAACGCGAACGCGAACGCGACCCCCGCGGCCGCUUCCGCUUCGCGGCCGCCGUCCGCGGCGGCGAGACACUUUGCGCGCGCGGACGAGUGGUACGAGCGCCGCAAGCAUGCGAUGCACCGCGCCACGGCGGACUAUAAUGCCGCGCCGAAGCAUCUGCGCGGGCAGGUCAUCGGGGCAUACCGCUUGCAGGCGCGGGAGGCGGCGGCCGAGGCGCAGAGGCACACGCUCGCGGGCGCCCGCGCCGUGCUGGAGGAACAACGGGCGGCGGACCCCAACUCGAUCGACCUCCAUCUCCGCACCGUCGCCGAGUCGACAACCCUCGCGCUCGAGGCUGUCGAGGAGUGGUAUGCUAAAGGCGGGCGCGGACAUUUCCAGAUUAUUACGGGCAAAGGGUUGCAUUCUGCGGGUCAGCGCGGCGUGCUUGGCCCCGCCGUGUAUAAUGCGCUCCACGGCGCGGGGUGGCGCGUUGAGGCACAUCCGGGCUACCUCACGGUCAAGGGACGGUGAUCUUGCUUGUUGCAAUUAUAGGUGUAUGCCAUGCUAUUAUUUCU